UUACAACUCAUCUUCGUGAAAUAAUAAGCGCGUAGAUCAUUUCCAGAAUAAAAGAAUCUUGCUUUUGUCUUUCCACUUUCGUGAGUAGGCAAUCUGUGACAUUCGCCAGUGAGCUAGAUCUCGGUAUUGCUGUUAGUUACAUCAAAGUCCUACUCAUACCAUUAAUGCACCACAUGCAGUCCAUUUUUGGUUAUAAGUACUAAAAGACUCAAGUCAUGAAUUUCAGUUGGAUGCUUUGGAAAGCACAGAUUGUUGAUUGUCUUUUUUUCGCCAGUGCACGCAAGUGAUUUUUUGACCGCUUACUGGGUACUGAAUGCGUUAGGAACAGGUUUGACGCAAUCGAAGGCAAAGUACCAAAGGAACCUAAGAAAUAUUGUACAAGAAAAUCAUAACAUUGAAAAAAAAAGAGUUAAAUAUUUAUUAGUUAGCUUUGAAUUUGAUGUUUGAUUGAGAAGAUUAAAAAGUAAAUGUGUCUCUUUUGUGUAAAACUUAAAAAAAAACUCAGCUCUUGUGUUUAUGUGUGUCCUGCAUAUAGUGGUACACUAUAUAUCUGACCACCUAGAGAACGCCAAGUGCUGUGUGUACAGGAAGGAAGAUUAAAAUGAAUGACAGAGAAGAACAAGACAAUGAGAUCCUGGCCCUGGAAAGUAUCUUUCAAGAGGACAGAAGACUACUGCUUGCUCGUGAAGGGGAGGAACCUGGAGGCAUGUUCAUGGCAAUGCAGUCGCCCCCACAACCAUUCUUAAUUAGCACAGCAGCUAGUGCAAAAGUGCCUCAUUCAGCUGACCAGACAUCAGCUCAGGAAGGCAAACUGGUACAGAUCAAACACCUACCCCCAAUUGCACUCAACUUUGUCCUUCCAGCUGAUUACCCUACUGCCCAAGCCCCACAGUUUACUCUUACCUGUGAGUGGAUGUCAAAACAACAAUUAAGUGCUUUGUGUGCUCGACUGGAUGAAAUAUGGGAAGAAAACAAGGGCAGUGUCAUUCUUUUCAUGUGGUUCCAGUUUUUGCAAGAUGAGGCCUUUGACUACUUGCAGAUCACUUCCCCUCUUGACCUAACAAAAAUCAUUCCCCAAAACAGGCACAAACAUGCACAUCACCCAAAAGCUGAGCCUUCAUUCAGAUCCACACCAGACAAUCAUUCAUUAUAUACAUCAAGUAAUCUUGAUGCUGCUGUGUACCCUCUGUCUCUUAAUGACAGCGAACACAGUGUUCAAAACUUGUCCAGCAGUCUGGAUCUAGAGGGUCUUGAUCCUCGUGCAGCACAAGACAUUGUAUCUGUUUCACAGCUGCUAAGGACACUGAUAAAGUAUGACAAAGACAAGCAGCAAGAUGUGUUUCAGUCCUCAUCUGUCUUGUGCAACAUUUGUUUCUCAUCAAAGCUUGGACGUUACUGCAUGUGUUUUCGGGACUGUGACCAUGCAUUCUGCCGAGACUGCAUUCGGGAGUAUUUUAGAAUUCAGAUACAAGAUGGCAAUGUGAAAGAGCUGAAAUGUCCUGACUCCAAGUGCGAAUCACAGGCUUACCCAGACCAGGUGAAGGAACUUGUGAAUGACAAAGAAUUUGAACGUUAUGAUCAGCUUCUUCUUCAAAGUACAUUAGAGACAAUGGCUGAUAUAGUAUAUUGUCCACGCCAUUUGUGUGAAAGUCCAGUCAUUGUGGAGGAUAGCAACAGCAAAAUGGGCCGAUGCCCCAGUUGUCAGUUUGUGUUCUGCACUCUGUGUAAACUGAGCUACCAUGGGUUGUCUCCAUGCAGGAUAAAGUCUGAAGAGUUGAAAAAGCUGAGAGAGGAAUACCUCAGUGCUGACGAGGAGACAAAGCGUUUUCUGGAGAAACGCUAUGGCAAGAGAGCUAUCAAUCAGGCCUUGGAGGAGACAUUUUCAGCAGAGUGGUUAGAAAAGAAUGCCAAGAUGUGUCCAUAUUGUGGAACUCAGAUUCAGAAAACAGAGGGCUGUAACAAGAUGACAUGCUUCAAAUGCCGCACUUACUUCUGCUGGUUGUGCAGUGAAGUGUUGUCACGCUCUAAUCCAUACAACCAUUUUAAUGCUCCUGGAGGCCAGUGCUAUGCCCGCCUUUUUGAAGGUGUAGAAAUUGAUGAUGAUAUUGAGGAUGACGAAGACCUGGUGUUUGAGGAUGACUGGUAAAUUUAUACCUGAUACAUUCUGUACCUUUGCACAGAUGUGCAAACCUUUCAGUAACAUCAAAUAUGAGAGGAUGCUGAUGAUGACUUUGAAGAUGAAUAUGCAUGCAGAGAAUCCAAGCAAUGUAACAGUCAGCAGUCACAUUUUAAAAACAAAAGUGCCUGAAUAUGGUAACAAAAUGGGUGGGAAGCUCUUCAGCAUUGAGGUUACAGUGCCAUUACUCACCUGCCUGUGGUUGGUUCUUGAUUUGUAAAAGAAACAUUUAUAAAUAAAAGAGGCAAUAGAAGGACAGGGCUGAGCUUUGCUUAACCUAUACCAUGUACUUUGUGUCAAUACUCAUCAUCAGAGUUUUGGAUUUUCAUGAUUUCCAUCACAAAAUAGCACUUUUAUCUUGUCUUGACUUACAUUUUUUAAAAAUUAGUAUGCAAGACCUGUUGUGUCACACUUUUGUGUAUUUUGUCAGUGCUGUUAUGUUUGAAUGUAUGAGAUAUGCUUUAGGCCAGUUGAUUGGUUAGAGAUGUAAAGUGCUUAGAUGUAAUAUGUGUGUGCAUGUACAUGUAAGCAUGAAGGGGUGAGGGAGAGUCUUUUAUGAAAUGAGCAUGAACAUUAUUGGUUGUAUUAUUUGUGCAUAUAAUUAUUGUAUAUUAUAAUUAACAGAUCACCAUUACGUUUGAAAUUCCAUCUAUAAAGUUAUAUUUUAAUAUAAAAUAUAAGCACUUAUACAUCUGGUACAUGUCUAUAUACCACAUCAUUGAAGUCAACAAAGUACUUAUAUAUAUAUUAGCAUUCAUCCUAAUUUUAAGUAAAUUAUCUGGUAAUGAAUUUCUUACUAACAGUAAUGCUUAGAUAUGCUUUAAAGUUGUGUGAUGUGAUAAACAUGCAAAAGUAGAAAUAUUGUGAUAUUACAGGGACUACUUGCUGCAUGUACACUCUCCGGGGCAUAAUUUCUGUUGACACACGAAUAUGUACAUGUACAUGUACUAAUCUUUCCUUAUUGUGUGUUAUUAAAUGAAAUUUUCUAUUGUGA